UCAAGGUUUCAAUAUUCGUAGUAGCGAAGUAUUAACAUUUAAAAUUGUUCUCAGUUUAUUUAACGGAAAAGUGCUUUCAAGUUUUCACAUUUCACUCAUAAACAUACUUACAAACACUUACAUUUAUCAGUAUAUAUUUGUAAAUAAUAAUUCUGUGCGAAUACAUUUUGAGUAUAUUUAUGUGUUAAUCUAAUUCUACAACUUUCGAAUAAGUCGAAAUGUUGUACUACGCGGGCAGUUGAAUUGAAACUUCGUCACACUCGUACUUCUAACGUGGUGCAGAGUGGUAAAAACCACUGUAACAGUUUAUAAGAUAAUGACCAUGGAUAGUAGCAUAGAAAUAAUUGGUUGUCCCAGCCACUCAGCUUUAACAACGCCGUUUUUACUUUCUUCGCCACCUGUUGGGCAUCAUCAUGCAACUUUUAAUUUACAAACUGUUCAACUAAGCUUUGAUACAUGUUUAACUUACAAUACCACAACUAUAUGUAACCCAGAUGCACAUGGUUGCAUUGCCACUGUUAAUUUAAUGACUGAACCAUCAUCAUUGGUUGCGACAAAUGGCUCGGAUACGGUAACGGCACCAACCUGUUUACAAACGCGUACACUCACAUCGUUGAAUACAAAUUCAUUUUCUGUUGCAACUUCAAAAUCAUCUCUUAGUCAAUGUUCUUCUUUGCGUAAAGUUCAUUGCCAGCCAUAUGAGCAAAAGCUUGACAAAAAAUUUGAAUCUAAUAAUUCUUACAAUCAAUCACUGGAAAAUACGAAAAAGCGUCACUUGAAAUCGUCUGACAAUAAUAAUCAAUCACAAUGCUCAUUAGGAAAUAUAGUAAGCAAUCGAAUUCCUGACGAAAAAGAUAAAUUAGACGACCUCAAUACACCUAUCACCACUAAUAGUGAUUUACCUUCAUUUUUUGGACCAGCUGCAUUAGUUGAACCACCUCCAAUAUCAGGAAGUCUAACUAAUUCUGAGCUCUCACUGGAAGAGGAACCAAUCGAUGGAGAAGUUUCUCGUCACUCAUGUGAAAAGCAUGAUUCGAAAUCCCAAAAUUGCAUUUGCCAUGACUCAAAUCAGCCACCAUCCCGAUUGACAAAUUGUAGCCAUUCUUCCAAUAUAUCUUUGGUUGAUGACAUUGAUAUAAAAUCGAAUGCAUCAUCAAGUGGAGUUAUUUUAUAUUCUGUUCCAAAUUCUUCCAUCGCUGAACCGUCUAUUUCUAAUAACGUUUCUAUUUCUACAAUGCCAACAUUAAAAUACAGUGCUGUUUUUGCUACGUCAUAUACACAGGCUAUUGACAAUGACUGUAGUAACAAUCGAUCUACACACAAUUUGAGCUCUCCUGCAACGUGGAGUACAUCAGGAAAUGAAAAUAAUUCUACUCAUGUUACAUUUCCACAUUCUAAUAUUAACUCCGAAUAUCAUAAUGAAAAUUCUGACUUAUUAGUAAUAGAAUCAAAACCACCUAUCUCAGAUUAUCGCAACAAUGGAGAUUCAGAAACUACAAACUGGUUGAAUGCUCGAGAUGAAUCUUAUGGAAAUAAUAUGAUAACUCAACAAUUGAUUGAGAAUCUUCAAGAAACAGUUUUGAAACAAGAACCAUCUAACAAUACAAUUUUUUGUCAACAAUCAUGUAUGGAAACGCCAGAAUUAGAAAUGCAACUGGCUGAAUACAAUCCAAGUACUUCUAAGGGCCACGAAAUUCUAUCACAAGUUUAUCAACAUAGCUCGACCCCAUUGAAAUUAAUGCCUGUCAAACCAAGAAAGUACCCCAAUCGACCAAGUAAAACACCCGUACAUGAACGCCCUUAUGCUUGCCCAGUUAAUAAUUGUGACCGACGAUUUUCAAGAAGUGAUGAGCUUACAAGACAUAUUCGUAUUCACACGGGUCAAAAACCAUUCCAGUGUCGAAUUUGUAUGCGUUCAUUUUCAAGGAGCGAUCAUCUAACAACCCAUGUACGAACCCAUACUGGAGAGAAGCCAUUUUGUUGUGAUCUUUGUGGAAGGAAGUUUGCUCGGAGCGAUGAAAAAAAAAGACAUACUAAAGUUCAUUUGAAACAAAAACAUAAACGCGAAAUGAAUCAUUCCUCUAUGCAUGACCACUUAAUUGUGAAUCAUUAGAAAAUAACUGUUAACUCGAAAAUAUGUAAAAUUAAUAAAAUUUAUUUUUGGUAAGAUUAGUAUGUUUCCAAAUUAGUGCAAUAAUAAAUAAGUUCUUAUAUUUUAUCGAUGUACAUAUACAUAUAUAAUUCUU